AUGGCUUCCACCUCCAGCAGCUCCCACGGGGAAAAAGAAAAUUAUUUGGUCUUCACUAUUGUAGUGCGCGUUCGUGGAGGCGGAGUGGGAUGGGGAGGUGGGUUAGACGGGGGCAGACACGCAGUGCAUUUCAUCCGUCUGGCAGAAGAAUGGGAGAGUGCUGUUGACACCACGGAGAGAUACACGCUGAGACCGACCAUGGCUGUGGACGCGGCGUCCAGCUUCAGCUUUUGCCGUGCCUCCCUGGAGCACACGGUGUCUGCUGAGGAGCUGAGUUACCAGCUGCCGCGCCGUGCCGGAGGCAGCAACCUGACCUGGCACGAUGGCCGCGGCCAAAAAACAGCACACACACGCACAGUAAAACUACUGCAGCAGCCCGGCACAGAGGGCAUUCAGUUGCGACCGGGUGAAGCCUUUACUGUGUAUCACACCAGUCCGACGCUUUCUAGCCUGUCCAAACCUGUGGUGCUGUGGACUCAGCAGGACGUCUGCAAGUGGCUUAAGAAACACUGCCCUCACAACUACCUGACCUAUGUAGAGGCCUUCUCCCAUCAUGCGAUUACAGGACGGGCAUUGCUGCGUUUGAACGGAGAGAAGCUGGAGAGGAUGGGAAUUGUCCAGGAGACGCUGAGGCAGGAGGUUCUUCAACAAGUCCUCCAGCUGCAGGUCAGAGAAGAGGUCCGCAACCUGCAGCUGCUUAGUAGAACCUCCUUUGGAAACUUCUCUUAG